AUGUGGGAUAGAACGGCUAGUUGCAUUAGGGUAGUAGCUAGGGAAGUGCUGGGGGUCUCGACAAGUAGUCGUGGUGGGCAUCGAGGGAAUUGGUGGUGGAAUGGAGAAGUGCAAAGGAAGGUGGAAGCAAAGAAGAUGGCGUAUGCGAAGUUGAUAGAAAGCAAGGAUGAGGUGGAGAAGUGGACGAAUAGGGAACUUUAUAAGAUGGCGAGGAAGGAGGCGAAGUUGGUGGUUUCGAUGGCAAAAACGGUAGCUUUUGAACGCCUUUAUGUUGAACUAGAGGAAAAAGGCGGGGAUAAGAAAUUGUUUAGGCUAGCCAAGGCGAGGGAGAGGAGGGCACGUGAUGUGGAUCAAGUGAAGUGCAUCAAGGACGAGCAUUGCAAAGUAUUGGUAGAGGAGACUCACAUUAGACGGAGAUGGCAGUCAUACUUUCGUAAACUCUUGAAUGAAGAAAGGGACAGGAACAUUGUGUUGGAAGCUUUAGAACAUACAUGGAGUCGUCACGAUUUUGGGUAUUACAGGAGUAUUAAGGUUGAGGAGGUUAAGGGUGCUACAACAAUGAUGCCUGAAGAAUGGAGGUCGAGUGUAAUGAUCCCUUUAUACAAGAACAAGGGCGCUAUCCAGAGUUGCAACAACUGUAGAGGUAUCAAGCUGCUAAGCCAUAAUAUGAAAGUGUGGGAAAGGGUAGUGGAGAUGAGGGAAAUGAUCUCCAUGUCAAGGUCUUUAAGGGAAUUUAACUGGUGGGUUAGGAUCCAGUCAACUUAG